AUGAACCACUUUUUCGUCUCUCGUAAAAAACCUCAGACGGUGGUGGUUGCCGCCCCUUCCUCUUCUGUGUCAGCCCCUGCCACGUCGUCUUCCUCGUCGAUGUCUUCGUCCGCCUCGAGCUCGUGCUUCGUGUUUGAGUCGAGGCAAGAAGACCCCAUCCUCAUCGAUGACAAAAACGAUGUGGAUAGCUGCAAGUUUGAGGUCAAAUUGGGGAAUGAGAGGCAUAUUCCAGUGACCAAGUCAACAGCAGACGUACGCGCGAGUCCAGCGGUCGGAAACGACUACGAGGACAUGAAGGUGACGUCGUCAAUGACGAGCAAUCGACUCCCGAUAACGGGCGCAAUUGAAGCCAAGAUUAAAACACUGGCAUUUUAUUUAAAGUCGGUUUCAGCCGGCAUUCAACGUCGCAGCGUGACCUUUGACCGUGCGCAGGCGUACUACCGACGGUCAGUGCCAACCCCGGCGGCUAUUUGCACCAAAUUAAAUGUCAUUGUUACUAGGCAUAGCAGUGGAGAGCACCGGACAACGGUCUCUUGGGACGACAUUGAUGAGGAGAGCUUUAGUGAUCUAAAUGAGGCGACCCCCACGUCAAGAAAACGAGGUCGACCAAGCGAGAUUUUCGGUGAAGACCAAAUUCGCCAAAUGUGUACUCGCUGUGAGGUUCCGGACCAGUACAUUGACAAGGUUGUACCGAUUAUCAAGUCAUCAUUUGGCACGCCACGGCUAGAUGUGAUUAGUUUGGAGGAGUUUAUGCCAGGCAACGUCGUCGUGUUUAUAGGCAUGCUGAUUUUCGAAAGCAUUGAUUGCAACGAGGAGUUCGUAGACUUCAGCGUCCUACCGAGCUUCCUGAGGCAUAUUCAGGAGCGCUACGACGGCAACAUGCCGUUCCACAAUGCCACCCAUGCCGCAGACGUGAUACAUACACUUUUCAUGAUGCUAUGGAAUACGAAAUUGGGUGAGAAGAUCUCUCAGCACAACCAGGUUGGGGCACUUCUAGCAGCAGUAAUGCACGACGUAGAGCACGUUGGCUUGACCAACGACUUUUUGAUCAAGACCGGCCACCCUAUUGCGCAGAAGUACCCUACUAUGGCUCCGAUGGAGUCCAAGCACAUGGAUCUUGCAGUACAGGCAGUCAUUGACCCACGGUUCGGCAUCUUGUCCAAAUUGACACCCGUUUAUCAAAACGAGGUCCUCGAUGUCAUUCGUGAAACCAUUUCCGCGACAGCUCUUAUUUAUCAACCCGAGCUGCUCGCUAGAAUUAACAACACGACGGCCGACGAGUGGAAGAUGCUCGAGGAGGAAGACACGGUACUACCGCAAUAUUUGCAGGUACGCGCACUGUGUAUCGCCAUGCACGUGAGCGACAUCAGCCAAACAAUGAAGCCGUUUGCGAACCACAAGAAGUGGGUGUUCCGCCUCAACGACGAGCACUACAAGCAGGGCGAGUUGGACGCGCGUGAGAAGUUGCGUGUGAGUCCAUGGUUCUGCUUUCGUGACUCGUGGACGUACGGGAAGUUUUUAGGUAGUCAAGUAUGCUUUUUGAAAACGAUGGCGCUCCCGGCAGUCGUGGCGCUCAAUGGCAUUCCCUGGCUGGAUGUGAACGAACUCGUAAACGGCAUUGAGAACAACAUUGCUGAGUGGGAGCGACAGGAAGUUGCCGCUGCCCACUGA